CCAAGCCUCUCGUCUUCCGACGCCGGUUUAGUUGUGUUUGUGCCACCGUGUCAUGCUGAUUCGAGUAGUUUCAAGUAAGAGAAUUUGCUAAAGCUCAGUUCUAGACCUCAACCGGCGGACUACAAGGCUUCUGUUUAAGCGCAAGAAGGACUCUCAAGGCGCAAAAAAUGGCGGUGUCUACAGGAACGUCAGCUGUGCUGUCAUCGUGCCUCUUCAUGUUGCUGUUCGCGGCUAUGCAAAUUUACAAAGCUCACCUGGCGUCCAGCCAACCGAUGACCAUCCUCGGCGGCUUCCUUGGAUCUGUGCUUUUUAUAUUAAUCCUCACUGCCGUUUCCAACUUGGAAAACCACUUCUUCGGGAAGAACUUCCAAACAAAGCUUAUCCCUGAAGUGCUCAUCUGCUUGGUGGUUGCCAUGGUGGCAUCUGGCCUGGUGCACCGAGUUUGUGUCACAACAUGCCUCAUCUUUUCUCUCGUGGCCCUCUACUACAUCUCAAGAUUAUCUAUCAAGGUUCAUGGAACUGGCGCAGCCCCGUUGACUGCAGCUACCCUCCCCAAAGGCAAGAGGGCCAAAUAGCUCAUCAAGUCACCACCUUCAAUAAAUGUGUGCUCACCCAUUUUCAAA